AUGUCGGCUCCAUCAGGGCUUCAGAAGGAAGUCCUCGCGUUGUACAGACGCGCACUACGAAUGGUACGGACGAAACCGCCGCACACGCAGGACAAGUUCUCGCUCUUGGUUCGUUAUAUGUUUCAUGUCCAAGCGUCUGCCGUAUCACCCCGCAAUGUCUCAGCAAUCGAGCAUCUACUUAGACGCGGAAGAAGACAGAUAGAGUUGUACGAGAAUCCGUCUAUUAGAGACUGUCACAUUUCUCAGGAUAUGAGGGACUGGGAGCAAAGCCGGAGGAAAUAUCAUAGUCAAACCAGCUAG